UACGCCUGCAAGAGCGGCGCGGGGGCCCCGAUGGCGCUCGAACAUGUGCAAGGAAUCAUUGCAAAUGCUUUGGGGAAGCCAUGCCUUCCUGGCGCCCCAAGCACAUGUGAAUUAAACACGCUUGCCUAAAUAUCGCAAUACUUGGCACCCUGAAUAUUCGCCAGCUCCCUGACGGAACACCCUAAUUUCUGCAUAAGCGUAAAAGGCCGCUCUCCGCCAACAUGCCGGAGACUAGCAUUCGUCGCACGGAUGCGAAGGCAUUCUUCGCGAAUGAGCGUACAUUCUUGCAUUGGAUGAGCACGGCCGUGACGAUAGGAGGCAUCGCGGCGGCUCUGUCAGGCGUUGCGGGCCACGCGCACCGGCACUGGGGCGACGAGUUCACGGAGCGCGCCAUCAUCGUGCGUGUGGUGAGCCUGGUCAUGCUGUUCAUGUCGGUCAUCAUCGCCGUGUGGGCCGGCCUCAACUUCCAGAAGCGCGCCAUCUUCCUCGAAGCCAAGGCCGACGGCCCCUACGACUCCCGCUUCCUGCCCGUGCUGCUGACCGUGUGCAUGAUCCUGUCUAUGUCGGUGGUGUUUGGCGGCGCCGUGUUCCGCCUGUCCAGCACCUAGAAUGGCGGGGUGUGUGCCGCCUCAGGAGGGGGGUCUCAGCAAGUGAACGGGAGCCGCCGGCAGGUGACGGUCAGGUGACAUGGGGGACGGGUGUGCGUGGGGGUGAACGGCCAGCUUGGGCCGGGGGGUUUCAGUUCCGCCGCCCGCCGCCUGGUGGCAGGCAUGGCGUCGGGCUGGUUCUGGCGGUUUGCCUGUGUGUGGGUUGGGUGAUUGUAGCAUGCGUGCGCGACACGGACUGGGGGACGUAGGGGGGUAGCGACACGAGAAGUGCGCCAGACGCGGAGAGGGGAGCGCCGGCGGGACCACAGCUACGAGGCAAUAUGAUCGCUUGCGGUGCCAACGCUUUCUUGUGGUGUCCGCUUUGGUGGCGCCAGUAUGUUCCGCCAAUUGGACGGAGAGUGUCUGGUUAGGUAGCACUGUUAUUGUGAACUACUGGCUUGUGGGGUGCCGGGUGCGGGUAGGUUGUAGGAGUUGGAGCAGGCUCCUAGCUACUUAUCCUAGUCUCAGGAACUUCGGAAGGACAGUCUGGGGUUGUCAUGGCGGCUCGGAAGGCCGUGUCGGAGGCAGCAGACCUCGAGACAGGGCGUUGGCGGUUGGAGACAGGGCGUUAGCGCUUGGUGCUUACCGUUCAGCAAGGAGUCGGGAGCUUUUGGAGUGUUAGCUGUGGAAAUCUGUGAGCGAAUGCACGCCGGUUGAAGGCUCACACUGUAUGCAACCAACCUCGGAGUAAACGAUUGCUUGGCUCUGUUUGGCCGCUGUUUGGCAUGGUUAUGGUUACGGCUAUGGCUGCGCUGUGUACAUCGAUGUGCAUGAGGUCUUGAGACGCGGCAUACGGUGGCCGGGCCCAUAGGUGGCGUCUGAUGCGUUGAUGCUGUAGGGGCUCAUAUUCUUUCAGGGGCGGACCCUGCAUUCUUUACAAGGUGCAAACGGCGUCGGGUGCAGCCUUCGGCAUGUGCGUGAUCAGAGCAAAGACGACGGCAGCUGUGGCAUCCCGCUCGGACUGAAGUUUGUGGUAUCGACGCGGCAACGUCAUGAGAAGGUAUCAGCCUCACGCUGCUACCUGCAUCGCAGCAGUGCAGACUGUAGUACUGGAGUUGCGAAGUGUAAGGGAGCACCGGC